GGUCACCUCCGAUACAAUGAUCUAUUGACACAACACUACUCAACGUGGUUGGGCUGUGCGUUGGGCGUAACCCCCGACUCACCCGGUCACCUCCGAUACAAUGAUCUAUUGACACAACACUACUCAACGUGGUUGGGCUGUGCGUUGGGCGUAACCCCCGACUCACCCGUAUUGCCACCACAUCUCCGCACCACAACUCUUUGGCCGCUCAAUGCAUCCGAUGUGACAGAUGUUGAUUAUGACAUAACUAUAAGCGAUCAAAAUAAUGCGGUCCAUAGUUUUGAUGACAAAGAAGAGAUUGUACUGUCGUUAGCCUUUGUUAUGUUUCUUAUAUUAAGAGCGGGUUUUGGUUCAGACAUCAAAGCAGUUCAGAAGCCGAUCUCAAAACCAAAUACGGUUACAAACAGUGUAAUAAUGAUUUCAAUCAAUUCUCCAAAACUUGCUCGUCCGGCGAACUCGGGGACCAAUAAUUUGGCGCCGAUUUUGUUUCACUCAAUCCACGGCGAAAACGUGCGGCUGUCGGCCGACUCGAAGGGCGCUCAAAGGCACGACAGUUACUGUAAAGGCAUUUGUUUCAGUGAUCGCGCCAUUCGUGUGAACGAAAAGGUUUGCAUCAAAUUCACGGACAUCUCUCAGCGUUGGAAAGGAGCCAUCCGUUUUGGAUUCACUGCCACCGAUCCCAUCAACUAUAGUCGUUCAUCGCUCCCGAAGUACGCCUGUCCUGACCUCACAGGUAAACCCGGAAAUUGGGCCGAAGCUUUGGGCGAAAGGUUUGCGGUGAGAGAUGUGCUCUUCUUUUACGCGACUGAGACGGGAGACGUUCACUACGGCGUCAACGGCGAGGAUCGCGGCAUCUUCUUCAGCGGUGUCGACACUGAUUGUCCGCUUUGGGCACUGAUUGACAUUUACGGCAAUACUGUUGGCAUCGAAUCCGUUGAUCCGCGACAACAGGUCGUCAACUGUCGCCGCAAUAGCUCUGAAGUCGAGAACAAUAUUCCGAGUUAUUCCACGAUUGACAUCAACCGAGAAAAUAGAGAACCACUGCCGCAGGUCUAUAGGGAUGCGAACUUUCAAUCGAGUUCUCCCAAACUGAACGACACGAACAGUAAGUCCGAGCCGUUGAAUGCAACCGGAAAUAAGUGCAAUGUUUGCUACGAACAGCCCAUUAAUAGCGUACUAUACAUGUGCGGACACGUGUGUAGAAUGUGUCGAAUGUGUAGAAUGUGUUACGAAAUUGCGGUCAAGCAAUGGCGAGGGCCCGGGUCUGGACAGUGCCCUAAAUGUCGAGCCGGCAUUUGA